AUGAGGGCUGAGAGGCGGAGCGAAGGUCGAACAGCCAAGCCAAAGUACUGCCGGCCUCCGAACUGCUCCAACACUGCGGGCCGACUGGGCGCUGACAACCGCCCUGUGAGCUUCUACAAGUUCCCACUGACCCGCUCAGGUCAUGAGAUCAGGGAUUGGCUGCGGCACAUGGGCCAUGAGGACUGGGUGCCCAGCUGCCACCAGCACCUGUGCAGUGAGCACUUCACACCGUCCUGCGUCCAGUGGAGUUGGGGUGUGCGCUACCUGUGGCCUGAUGCAGUGCUGUCCAUUUUCUCCCCGGCACCCCCUGCUAAGAGGCAGCAGAGUUCCCGAAGCAGUGAGAAGGCAGGCGUGCCUCCCUCCCCACCGGAGGCCACGCCCCUCCCCAGGGCCAGCUGCGUGGCCCCUGGCCCCGUGCACAUCGUGGUACUGGGGUCAGCAUCCGGAGGCCCUGAGGCCACGACCGCCGUGUUCCUGACCCCCCUGCCCCCUGCUCCUGCCGGGCCACAGCCUGGAGUCCGGGCCCAGCAACCCCUGGCCAGGCUGGGCGCAGUACUGGGAGCGCUGCAGCGGCGGGUGCGGAGACUGCAGGGGCGCCAGGAGCAGCCCCAGGGGCAGCUGCGGGCUAUAGAACAGCUGGGGCAGCAGGUGCGCAGGGAGGGCCUGCCACCCAGGGGCACCGGGGCAUGCUGUGCCUGGAAUCCCAUCAUCUGUGGAGGGCCUGACAUAGCUGCGGUCAUUGCCCAGACUCCUGCACCUCCCACACCGGAUGCCAAGCCUGAGCUCCUGGACACUGAGACCCCCAGUGCAUAA